CAUUGAGAAAUUAGCAUCUAGAAUCACUUCACUUCCUGUUUUUUUUAACUUCUUCAGCAAAACGCCUUUGAUUCAGAUUGGUAUAAUUUUGUACCCUGUAUUUGUAAGUAGAAGAGUGAUCUUAGGACUUUGUGGUUUGAUGGGGGUUCGAAGUUCUAAGGAAGAUAGUUGGAGGCAGAGUUCAUCUAUACGUUCAAGUUCUUCUGCGUCUUCUUGGAGUGCAUAUUUUGAUCCCCAUUUGGGUUAUGGUCAGGGGAGUUAUAGCUAUGAUCCACAACCUUCUUAUUCUUCUUCGGAGCUGAAUUAUGACACUCCCCUUCAAAAUCAUUAUGGUUAUGAACCUUAUGGUGGUGGUAGAGUGGCUCAUGAUUAUAAUACCAAGCUAGAGAGGAGGUACUCAAGAAUUGCUGAUGGUUAUAAUUCCAUAGAUGAGGUUACUGAGGCUCUUGCACGUGCAGGCCUUGAGUCUUCCAAUCUUAUUGUUGGCAUUGAUUUCACCAAGAGUAACGAAUGGACAGGAAAGAAUUCAUUUAAUAGACGAAGCUUGCAUCACAUUGGGAGUGGUCUGAAUCCCUAUGAACAAGCAAUAUCAAUUAUUGGGAAAACCUUGGCAGCAUUCGAUGAGGAUAACUUGAUUCCUUGUUUUGGAUUUGGAGAUGCAUCAACACAUGAUCAAGAUGUCUUCAGUUUCUAUCCGGAUGAAAGUUUUUGCAAUGGAUUUGAAGACGUGUUGAGUCGGUAUAGGGAAAUUGUUCCUCAUCUUCGACUUGCAGGUCCUACUUCAUUUGCUCCAAUAAUUGAAAUGGCCAUGACCAUUGUUGAGCAGAGUGGAGGCCAGUACCAUGUUUUGGUAAUAAUCGCAGAUGGCCAGGUAACAAGAAGUGUUGACACUAAACAUGGGAAACUAAGUCCACAAGAACAGAAGACUGUGAAUGCCAUUGUUGAGGCCAGUAAAUUCCCUCUUUCAAUCAUAUUGGUUGGUGUUGGAGAUGGACCAUGGGACAUGAUGAAGGAAUUUGAUGACAAUAUCCCAGCUCGAGCCUUUGAUAAUUUUCAGUUUGUGAAUUUCACGGAGAUUAUGUCAAAGAACAUGCCUCAUUCACGAAAAGAGGCAGCAUUUGCACUUGCAGCAUUGAUGGAAAUUCCUUCUCAGUAUAAGGCAGCAAUAGAGCUUAAUCUACCGGGUAGUGGUCGUGAGUCCAACGCUCCUCAGAGAGUUCCCCUACCACCCCCCACAUAUAAUUCAGCAUCUCAGGGCACUUCAAAGCCUUCUCAUGCUGCUAGGUUCGAGCCAAGGAUCCCUCCUCAUCAUAGCAUCAGCCACCCAGUUGGCACUGCUCCUUCUGCUCCAAGUUCCACUUAUGACAAUCAACUUUGCCCAAUUUGUCUGAGCAAUUCAAAAGACAUGGCCUUUGGAUGCGGGCAUCAGACUUGUUGUGAAUGUGGACAAGAUCUUCAGUCGUGCCCCAUGUGCAGAAGCCCCAUUAACACAAGAAUUAGGCUUUACUAAGAAGCAUAUGUGGCUUAUAUUUUUUAUUUUUUGUGUUGUGCCAGC